AUGCGUCUUCGACGCCAUGAAUACAUCCCUGCCGGAUGCUUUAUAGUCUCCUUCGAUGAGUCAAAUAUUGCAAAAGAAUCCUGGGAUGUCAUAGACUCCGAGAGUUGGACAAAUUUCCGUCGUCGCUCGGCUCUGGAUCAGUUCUCUGAUAAUCAAGCUCAUACUAACGAUGUUUACUUGGCAGUGGAUGUUCAAGAACACCUUUUUCAGCUGCCAUAUCUCCGUCCAGUCUGCCUUCUAUUCAAAUCACAAUGGAUAGACCUCGAGUUUUGUGUAACUGCUGACAGGUUGUUUGGUACGAUGCGGGUAUAUUUGCUGCCGGAUGACGCAUAUCACGGCCUGGUCGAUAGAACCAGUUUCAGUCUCAGAAAAGCGCGACGUCGUCUCCUUCAUUUGCUAGACUACUCGAGAGAAGCAUGGAACGGACUUGGAAUCGCGCAUACUGAUGGCUCAUCUCCCCUGAGAGGCGAGAACGUGGCAGGCGAUGAGAAUGAAUCUCUGCUACAGGUGUUCAACAACAUACCCUCACCCAACCCGACCACUGGACAGGUUGCCGACGUAUACGUUCGCGAUUCUAUGAUCGAAAUCUUGGAACGCAGCAUACCUGGUGUCACCACAGACUUGUACGCCUACCAACGUAGAUCAGUGGCCGUCAUGGUGCAGAAGGAGGCAGAGCCUGGCAAAGUUCUCGAUCCACGUCUCAUCGCUGUCGAUGGCCAUGACGGGACUACAUGGUACACGGAUCCGGUGGUCGGGACUGUUUUGAGAGGACCACGAUAUUAUGAUGGCAUAUCUGGCGGUAUCUUGGCUGAAGAAAUGGGAGCAGGCAAGACCAUCAUUUGCCUAGCUCUUGUUCUCGCCACCAAGAAUCUUCCGACGCGGCCCCCAGAACUUUACAAAGGUCCUAGUUGUCCGAAACGGACCAAGAUCGCUUCACUUGCCGACAUGGCAGCGGCCUGUGCUACCCGACAUGCCGUUCCGUGGAGAUCAUAUUUUGACACAUGGAGGCGGCAGGCUGGCUACGAAUUUAAUAGAUGCGAGGCCGCUUUAAAACGAAAUCCAGGAUAUUACCUUCACCCUCCACCAAAACUUCGCCGAACUGGCCGGCAUACAUCCCGAGAAUUGGCGCCCACAAAAAUCUACCUGAGCAAUGCAACAGUUGUGGUUGUGCCUACCAACCUGCUAUCUCAGUGGAAACACGAAAUAGCAAAGCAUACUACCACCUUAACAGUUCGCAUCCUCUCCAAGGACGAGAAAAUUCCAUCCUUGGAAGAACUACUGGAUAUCGAUGUCAUCCUAUUUUCCCAAUCACGAUUCGAAAGGCUCAUCAGACGAUUUGAAUUGGACCGCACUGCACUCUCUGUGGUCCAUUUCAAGCGGUGCAUCGUUGAUGAGGGCCAUAAACUCGGUAAUUCGAGAAUGGGCCGGAAAAGUGAUUUGCUUAUUGUCCUUAAUCGGAUGAACUUUUCGUCGCGAUGGAUCGUCACUGGAACGCCUUCACAUGGUCUGUUCGGCGUAGAUGACCGCACACCAGAUGGGCCUUCGGCGAGAGACCCAACAUCACACGGAGUACCGCCGCUGCAAACUCGAAAGACAUCCGCCGACAUGGAGAAGAAAGAUCUUGAGCGCUUAGGCUCAAUAUCAUCGUUGUACCUGAAGGCGAGACCGUGGGCGAACGAUGCGACGGAAAACGAAGACACUCGCGCGGAUUGGGGGAAAUACUUAUUGCUCCCGCGGCACAAAAAAAACAGUCACGGUCGGUGGAACUGUUUAAAGGCGACUCUGAGCUCCCUAAUUAUUAGACAUCGAUUAUCUGAAGUCGGCCAUCUCUUGCCAACCGUUGACGAAAAGGUAAUCGUGUUGGAGGGUUCAUUUCAAGAUCGGCUGUCUUUGAAUCUCUUCUCCAUGAUGAUCAUCUUCAAUUCCGUCCAGUCACAACGAACAGACAUGGACUACUUCUUCCACCCCCGACAGCGUAAAAGUCUACUGGAAAUCGUGCACAACUUAAAGCAGUCCACAUUCUUCGGAGGCUCAUUUUUCUCCUCGGAAGAGAUCGCAAAGGCUGUGGAGACUGCAGAAAAGUUCUUGGAAGAGAAAAAAGUGCCAAUCAGUGCUGAAGACAGCGUACAUUUGAGACAAGCUAUUAGGUUGGGGAAAGUUGCAAUGGAUGACAAACUAAGAAACCUCAGCAAUCGCUUUCACGAUGUUCCGAUUCGAGUUCAUGGACCGCUUGGGGAUGCAGGCCAUUCAUGGUCCCUUGAUAAUGAAGGGGGAGAUACGAUAUGCACAUCAGCGAGUAUGAUUUUGUCUCUGCAAAAAUUACUAACUAAAGCAGCUCACGAGACGGAGUUGCUGAACUCUUUGCUCAACGGAGGCCUUAUUCAAGAAGGAUUGAACGAGAGAAGUAGGGUCUUAGCUGCACAAACACCUGUCGAGAUUUCCGGCGCCAAAGACGAGAAACCAGAUACCUUGGCGGGAAACACUAAGCUUGGAAAAGAUACCCGACGCCGCAAGCCGCAACUUCAAGCUGCGUGUCUACGCCCAAAUCAAGCAUUCGAUGUGGACAGCCUGCCGCCGGCUUGGAGGCAAACUCAUCUAGUAUCAACUGUGUCCUGCAAGCUGUCUUAUUUGAUUGACAGCGUAGUACGUCAUCAAGUCGAAGACAAAAUCAUCAUUUUCUACGAGAAUGAAAAUGUUGCUUGGUAUCUUGCAAGCAUGUUGGACGUGCUUCAAAUUCAGCACCUGAUUUAUGCAAAGACUUUGACAACAGCACGGAAAGCACAAUACGUCAACACAUUUAAUCACAAUCCUGUUUUUCGGGUUCUCCUGAUGGAUAUUUCUCAAGCCGCCUUUGGAUUAGACAUGCGCGGAGCCUCGCGCGUCUACUUUAUCAACCCAGUUCUCAACCCUCAAGUCGAGGCACAGGCAAUUGGACGUGUCCGUCGCAUAAGCCAGCAAAAGCCUGUAGUUGUUGAGACCCUUGUUCUGAAGGGCAGUAUUGACGACGUAAUUCUGGAGCGGAAACAACAUAUGACGCAAGCUGAGCACCGCCAAAUGAAGUCUAUUCUUGACGUACGGCCGAUAUAUAACUGGAUCAAGAAUGCCGUCAUUGUUGCCAUGCCUCCCUCGGAUCUCCAAGGCACCACACACAUGGCAGCGCUGCGGGUGCCACAGCCUGUGUUUUGUAAAGGAUUCAGAACAGAACUGCACCCUGACGACGGCCUUAUCAUGGGGCAUCCUCCAAUCGGGACGAAAAUGAAGACGCCCAACCCGACACAAGACGUUUUACCAAUUACUCCGAUGAAACGUACAUAUGAUAGGGGACCGGGGUGUGAGAAUGCCCAACGUGAAACGGAUGCUGUGCUAAACGACCGUGAAGCUGUGUCCCGACCAGUUCGCCGAGUUCGGUUUGCGACUGGCUCUGAUUCAGAAGACUGA